UUUUUUUUUUUUUUUUUGCUUUUCCAAAAAGGAGGGAGAGAGUUUGUCUUCAUAUUCCAAGCUCUGAAAACACUCGGCUGUGCGCUUUUGCUGGCGCUAUACCUCACAAGGAGAAAAAGGAAGAAGACGCGAUUUUUUUUCUUCCUCCCUUUCUCCUGUGCGUGCGUUUGAGUGUGUGUGUAAACCCCAGUUGGUGAUUUUCUCCAAGACUUGUGCUGGAACUUGAUAGUAGCUGCUACAGUGUGCUCACCGAUUGUUUUGUGCUGCUGCUGCUGCGGGCACGGUCUCACCAACCUGCUCCAUCCCUCCACUGAACACUCCAUGCUACCUCGGCUGGUGAUUUUUGAGUCUUUAGCCCACCUUUUCCCAUUGAUGGGUGUGCUGGAUGGCUGACUGUAAGCGCCCCUGGACUUGGCCUUUAAGCGCAAGGCAGCGACUCAGCUCGCCACCGCAUCAGUUUUGAAAACCGUCUCUCCAACAGCAAUAAAGCGACAGUUUUUUCUUCUUCUUCUCCGGGAGACUCCAAGAGUGGAUUCAACGUAGGCUAGAUUUGACAUUUUUCCUCCUCCCGUGUGUGCGCGCGUGUGUGCGUGUGUGUCCGGCUGUUAAUCACAGUUUCCACCGAGACAAUUUUCUCCACCGCGACAGCAAAACGGCAGACAAAAAGUUUCUUUACGUUGACUGAUAGAUAUGGCAAUGGUAGUGUGGAGAGGCUCCCAGGACGAUGUGGCUGACACCCAAGGCACCCUUUCCUCGCAGACCCAAGGAGGACUAUCUCUUCCCACCCCUCAACCAGGCCAGUUGAAUCUGACAGCCUCUCAGGUCGCCCCUCCGACCCCUCAGACUCCGGUCCAAGGACCCCCGAACAACACACAGUCCACGCCGACGAACCAGACGACGCAGCAGGCGGAGAAGCAGCCGCAGCACAUCGAGUGCGUGGUCUGUGGGGAUAAAUCGAGUGGCAAACACUAUGGCCAGUUUACUUGCGAGGGGUGCAAGAGCUUCUUCAAACGGAGCGUACGACGGAACCUCACUUACACAUGCCGUGCCAACAGGAAUUGUCCAAUCGACCAACACCACCGCAAUCAGUGUCAGUACUGCCGCCUCAAAAAAUGCCUUAAAGUCGGCAUGAGACGGGAAGUUUCUCUUUUUACUGCAGCCGUGCAAAGGGGACGGGUGCCACCCACACAGCCACACCACGGUCAGUUCGCCUUGACAAAUGGAGACCCACUCCACUGCCAUUCCUACUUAUCCGGAUAUAUCUCUCUUCUGUUGAGAGCGGAGCCCUACCCGACGUCCCGGUAUGGCAGUCAGUGCAUGCAGCCCAACAACAUAAUGGGCAUCGAGAACAUUUGUGAACUAGCAGCCAGGAUGCUCUUCAGUGCCGUGGAGUGGGCCAGGAAUAUUCCCUUCUUUCCAGACCUUCAGAUCACCGACCAGGUGGCUCUGCUGAGGUUGACGUGGAGUGAGUUAUUUGUGCUCAACGCCGCGCAGUGCUCCAUGCCCCUGCAUGUGGCUCCUCUCCUGGCGGCGGCUGGCCUUCACGCCUCCCCCAUGUCUGCGGACAGAGUGGUGGCCUUUAUGGACCACAUUAGGAUCUUCCAAGAACAAGUGGAAAAGCUGAAAGCUUUGCACGUUGACUCUGCUGAAUAUAGCUGCUUAAAGGCAAUUGUGCUCUUCACCACAGAUGCUUGUGGCCUCUCAGAUGUGGCCCAUGUGGAAAGUUUGCAGGAGAAGUCCCAGUGCGCCCUGGAGGAAUAUGUCCGGAGCCAGUAUCCCAACCAGCCCACACGGUUUGGGAAGUUGUUACUCCGCUUGCCUUCCCUCCGCACAGUCUCUUCCUCGGUCAUAGAACAAUUAUUUUUCGUCCGAUUGGUAGGUAAAACCCCAAUUGAAACUCUCAUCAGGGAUAUGUUGCUUUCGGGGAGCAGUUUUAACUGGCCUUACAUGUCAAUUCAGUAAACCAAGAAGGAGACGAACAAACAAAAGGUGGGGUUGGAUGGUUGGUUGGAUGGAUGGUUGGUUGGUGGUGGAGGGAGGUGUGUGGGGGGGGGGGGGGGGGCUGCGAGACUACAAUGAUUAUAGCUGCUUUUGUGGAAGGAAUAAAAAACCAACCGGCUGUUACACGGGGCUGGCUUUCAUGAAGAAAGACAUUGACGUAAAUGACUGUGAAUUCCCCCCCUUCUACUCUCCCCCAAAAAAGAGAAAAAAUUGAGACAUCCACUGAACUUUCAAAAUGGCAGAUACAAGCUCCCAGUGUUCACGCAGAACAACCUGCUUCGAUCCAUUUUUUUGUUUGUUUUUGUAAUGAAAGAAGAAAAAUGAGGAAAAAAAAGGAAAAGGGAUUUUUUUUGUUGAUCCUUAUGAGGAAAUUUUAAGUAUUAAGUGCAUUUAAAAAUGAAAAUUUGGGUAAAAAAAAAAGAAGAAGAAAAAAACUGGAGAAAGGGGGAAAAAUACGAAACGUGAAUUUUUUUCUUUUUCUCAAAUGACUUUGUCCUGUGUCCAUGUAUAGCUGUGUUUUGUACUUUCUUUGUUCCUCCUUUCUGGUUCCAAACCGGCCUAUGUGAUUUCUGUAGUACAGGUGGUGUUAUUUUCUAACACGAUGAUUUAUUUUGAAAAAAAAAAGGUGAAAUAAUGUUUAAAAAAAAGACAAAAAAAAGUUCUAAAAAGAAUUAAAACCACAGCAAUAGGAGUUAUAGGCUUAUGAUCUAGGCUUAAUGCUGCAAGCGCACUUAUAUUCUUAGGAUGACCAAUAACAUCUGGGGAAAAAGGGAGCUAUUUGGAGUUCAUGUUCAACUUUAUGACCCAGCGGAGCAUUCUUUAUUAUUAUUAUUUUUUAACACUAUGAAGCUAUAGGAUUUGUUUUCCACUACUGUUUCUGACACAAGCUCUCUUAAAAUUUCAAUUAAUUUGUUUUGACGCUCGCAGAUUUGAAACGAUUUGGCGAAUCAUCCCCCCCACCCCCAAUUUCACUCACCUCUGAAUAUUUGGCACCAGUUCCCCCAAUUGGAUAUUAAAUCUACAAGUUGCCUAUAGAGCUGCUCUUAUAAAGAUAUUAGAGGCUAAUAUGUGCAGUGGCUCAGACUGCACUGAAAAGUAUAACUGGCUCGUUUAAAAAAAAAAAAAGUUGGAGAGGUCAAGGGGUCAUAAAAGUUUGAAGCCUAGCCAGAGUAGUGUUUAAUAGCAGUAUUAUUAAAGCGUCCCUGAAAUGUCACCCUUUAUUCACUUCAAGCAUUAAGUGCCUGACAAGCAUGAUGUGAUUUCUUAUCCAAACGUUGUUAAAGUAGGCCUACAACAUUUUUUGGGGGGAACACAAAUUAGAAAAACUUCAGUCUCUCUCUUUUUUUGUUUUGGAAAAACACUGAUUAGAGGCAGUAUUCUUGUAAAUAUAGGUCAAUUCAUUUCAACGAGUUUUUCCUUUAUACAAAGUAUAUGUGAUUAAGAAAAAAAAAUCUGUGGUUGCCAUUUUUUUUCUCUCUCUCUCUCGGUAAUACAACGUCUUCAAAAUUGAGUGGCAGACUUAGCUAGUAGCACUGAAAGUUCUGUUUUUAAUGUAUAUACAUAUUACUACAAAAAAUGUUUUCUUUUUCAUGUAUAUUUAGACUGUGAAUGCAUGGCCACAGGUCGCUAACCUAUUUUACCUUUGAUAUAUAAAUGUAAAUGUUUUCUCUCUCUCUCUCUAUCUCUCUUUCCUUUUUUUUUUUGGUUUUUUGACUGUAUAGAUAUAAUCUGUGCAUUCAGUACACUAGCCCUUGUAUUUAAAGAAACAGAAAAGAAAAAAAGACAAAGAAACGACGUUCAUUAUUAGGCUACAGACUUAAACAGGGUGAGCAGGUUUGGAGAAGGAGCUGAUAUUUUAACUUUAGUGUUAUUUGCUCCUCUUUUUUUUUUCUUUUUUUGGUCUUUGACAGGUGCCGUGGUGCGCGUGUGUGUGUGUGUCUGUGUGUGUGUGCGCGCGCGUGUGUGCGAGAGCGUGUGUGUGUAUUUGGAAGCUAGCAAUUUUGUCCUUGUUUUGAGGCUUUUCUUCAACACACACACAAAAAAGAACACCAUGUUGUGGUUGAAUUAAAAGGGAUCACUGAUUGAACACUGAUCUUUGGCUGUUCGUGGCCACAUAUGGACCAGAGAAUGAUACAUGAUUGUAAUUAUGAACAGUUUAAACUGACCCACGUUUUUAUAUAAAUAUAUAAAAAUAUAUGACUGCAGGGUAUUGAUAACGUAUAGAUACUUUUUUUAUGAUUAUUAUUAUUAUUAUUAUUAUUAAUUGCAAGUGAUAUAUGUGAGUGUGUGUGAAAGUUUAUAGUUGAACACAAUUCUUGUUUGUUUGUGUUAGCUUAUUGUAAACAAGCAUUCUGCUGUAAAUUUGUUCUUGGUAUUAAAUUAUAAUUUAUGAAUUUGAAAACACAA